AUGCCCCAACAUGAAUUGAUGCACUUAGCCAGACUUACGACGACGACUAUUGAAUAUUUUAAUGUUUUGACUAUAGAUUCGCCAAAUAUCCGACCUGACAUUUGGAUCCCGAGUACAACAAACAUUGGGAGCCAUCUUGAAGUUCGUUUGGUUGAUGGACCAAACAAUGCUACAGGUAGAGUCGAGGUACGGUACAACACCAGCACUGCUUGGGGAACAGUAUGUGAUGAUGGAUGGGAUUUGAGAGACGCCAAUGUCGUGUGCAGAAUGCUAGGGUUCCUCAAAGCAACAAGUGCACCAGGCGCGGCUGAAUAUGGUCCGGGUUCUGGAUACAUUCUUCUUGAUGAAGUUGAAUGUACUGGAUUAGAAAUUAGCCUCGAAGACUGCAUCAAGAGUGAAUUUGGAGUCAAUAAUUGUGGACACGAGGAAGAUGCUGGUGUCAUCUGUUCAGAUCCUAUCUCUCUUCAAGUCCGUCUCGUCGAUGGUCCAAAUAACAACUCGGGAAGAGUUGAAGUGCUAGAAAGGGGAUCUUGGGGAACUAUCUGUGAUGACGGCUGGGAUGGUAAAGACGCUAAUGUUGUAUGCAGAAUGCUGGGGUUCUUCGGUGCAGCAUAUGCACCUGUGCAAGCUACAUACGGUGAAGGGCUAGGAAACAUCCCACUCCGUAAUGUGGAUUGUAUUGGGACAGAAAGCAACCUGGGAACAUGUUUUCAUGAUAGACCUGAACCUUUUGACUGUAAUCAUGACGAAGAUGCCGGUGCUGUCUGCUUGGUUCUUAUCCCAGAUGGUUCCAUGAUCUUGGUAUCAUUGUGGAAUGGAACAAUGUUCGGGCUACAAUGUCCAGACCUCGUAUCAAGCACUGAUAAAGGUCUUACUACAUCAUCUACUGUCAUCAUAGUCCCACGCGUGGAUGGUUUAAUUGGCUAUCAGAACUUCUCUGUGGGCUGUACGUAUACUUCACAUGAUGUAUUUUACUAUGGAGACACUUGGGUUGUCUGUGCUGCACGAGAUGAUCUCGGAAACUACGUGACAUGCGAUUUCACGGUCACUGUCACAGAUGGCGAUCCUCCCCGUUUGGACUGCCCUGACGUAACUUCCACCACGGACCAAGGUCUUUCUACAUCCUCCCACAUCACCCUCAACCCACGGGCAUCAGACAAUACUGAUCUUCGUCCGUCUGUGAUCUGCUCUCAUACCUCCAGUGAUGACUUCCAGUUUGGAGAUACCAAUGUUACCUGUAAUGCUACGGAUGAAUCAGGAAACACUGGCAUUUGUCUGUUCGUGGUUACAGUAGAAGACAACGAGCCUCCUAGUUAUGAAUGCCGUGACCAAACAUCCGUUGCAGAUCAACGUCUUGCUAUCAUGGCUUUCAUCCCAUCUGUGUCAGACAACUUAGAUCCCGAUCCGUUCGUUAGCUGCUCUCACACAUCCAUAGAUCUCUCUUAUCUUGGAGACACUAGCAUCACAUGUGAAGCUAAAGAUUCUUCUGGAAACAUUGCCGUCUGUACGUUUAUGUUUACUGUACAAGACCCUUGUAUGGUGCGUGAUCCGUGUAUCAAUGGUGAAUGUAGCUAUAUUGGAUCAGGACAAUACAAAUGCGACUGCUAUGAUCAAUACGAGGGUACUCAUUGUGAUGUCAUCCUUCACCCCACUCAUCCUGUUGAAGUAGCCAGUCAUCCUGAGAACCACACGGUGAAGAUGGGCACCCCCGUAGAGUUCACAUGCAGUUUCAACAAUGCUAAAUCUUACAUGUGGUACAAAGAUAAGCACCCUCUACCCACCAUGAGAAAUCAGCAUAUUCUACGUAUACCAUCAGUUUCCGAAAGUGAUAUUGGAUAUUACUUCUGCAGAGGCUUUGGAAAUGGACCAUAUAAAGAUACAAAGAUGGCAUCUAUCUACAUUGAAGGUUUCACUAAUAUCCAUCUUUCUAAUUUGAAAUUCAAUCUAACUUCGAAUGAUGGCCUCUCUGAACGUACUUCCCGCCACUAUCUCGAGAUAUCGCUCAACAUCAGCAAUUAUGUACUUGAAGGUCUUAAGAAUAAUACCUCUAUCAAGGACCUGUCACCAUCGGUGGUAUGCAGCGCCCUCACCAGACAAGGAGGUGUGGUUGCUGACCUGAAUGUCUACAUCAAGAAUUCCAAUCUGACUGCAUUUGAUGAACUAGAUCUUGUUAGUCAAGCUCUUGAUAGACUGGCUGAAAACUCGAAUGGUUUUCUGGAUGUAAGAAGUGUAGAGAUCGAGAACACAGCGAUCUGUAAGAAUACGACAUGGAUGUCAUCACGUUUUGGACUAAUCAGUUUCCUAGAGGGUGAGAACGGAACAUGGUUGAACUCAACUGAAGUAUGUCCAUUUGACACAACGAACGCUGACCAACCAAUCGGGCUUGCCAUAUGCGUCGGUGAUCUGAUUUCACAGAGUACGUGGCUUCCCAUGGAUAACUGUGGACCAUUCAGAAAUGUUGGAGAUUUACUUAGUCAGCUUUCAAAGGUUAUCGUUUCAGAUGAGAAUGUUGCUGAGCUCAGUGAAGACGUCAGUUUGGUGACAAGUCACAUCGGUGAUAUCUCCUCUGAUGACAUUUUUUCGAUUGCAAAUAUAAUUUCAAAUAUAAGUGCUCAAACAAACAGUGAAAAGGUAACUGCAUCCAUCGUUGCCAUAGUGAGUAACAUCGCUCAGGUUAAAACAGAAACACUUGAAUCAGCAUCAGCCUCUGUUAGUGAUGUCGUUAAAGUAUUUGAGCAGCAGAUCAAAAGUGUACCUGUAGAGGACGGUGAAAAUUUUAGCUUUCAACAAUCGAAUAUUGCCGUGCAGGUCCAAAGCGUAAAUACUGAUGACAUCUCAAAUGGUCUAGUCCUUUCGUUAGCAGGAGACAGCAAUUCUGAUCUGAAAAAAUUUGACACGAAUAUCCAAACUUCAAAUGAAAAUCAAGCUGAAGCUACAAAACCAGAUACCAUCGCUGUUGUCAACAUACCAUCUACGAUUUCUUCCGCUUUACCGUUGAUAUCUGGAGGAAGUUCUAAUACUAACGGCUUUGUUCGCGUGAUUUUCAGUGUCUUUUCCACACCAGCCCUUUUCAUUUCUAAAUCAUUGAAGAACACAAGUAUAGGAACAAACCGAUCUGCUAACACACCUGUAAUAUCUCUGAGCAUCGGGGACGAGAAAAUAGAAGAUCUGACAGAACCCAUCAAUUUCACUUUUACCCCGAUAGAGUCUGGUCUGACGAACCCGUCGUGUUCAUACUGGGAUAUUGGCUUUAGUGACUGGUCUCAAGAAGGGUGUCAUCUUCUUUCAUCAUCUGGUAUUAGCUCAUCCAAUGAUAACAACUGGGAUCCUUCUCCAUAUGAUGAGAAGGAGAAGAUCGUUUGUGGAUGUAACCAUCUCACCAACUUUGCCGUCCUUAUGGAUAUUUCCAGAGAGGAUGGGUCUUCUGAGCAAGCAUACACAGUUCUAACGUACAUAGGAUGUGGUAUUUCAAUAGUAAGCCUACUUGUCACCCUCGCAACAUAUAUAUCAAACAGAGCUUUGAGGGAAAAACAGACCAACCAGAUCUUCAUUUGCCUGUGCCUGACGUUACUCUGUCUCUACUUAGCGUUCAUUGUCAUGAUGUCACUGGACAGCACCAAACGUCAAUACCAAGUCAAGGCAGCUCCAUGCGGGUUCAUUACAGCGCUCGUUCACUACUUCGUUCUAUCUUCGAUCACGUGGAUGGGUGUGGAGGGAUAUAAUACUUAUCUCAUCAUCGUCAAGAUAUUUGAUACCUACAUUCCACGGUUCAUGGUCAAAGCUGGUGCCGUUGCUUGGGGUAUUCCUGCAAUGAUUGUCAUUGUAACUGGAGCCAUUGCCCAGGGAAAAUACGCACACAAUCUAUGUUUUCUCGAAUUGUGGGCUCAAAUCGGUGGUCUCCUUAUUCCCAUGACAAUCAUUCUCCUGUUCAAUGUCGUCAUGUUUGCCCUCAUCAUCCGUCGACUGAUGAAGUCUUCUAAUAUGGCUGGUCGGGUCCAGAGAGAGGCCAAGGUCGAACGUAGAGAGACCAUCAAACGGGUUCAGAAUGCAAUCUGUAUCCUCCUUCUGCUUGGCCUUACAUGGAUCACUGGAUACUUUCUGAUGAUCCGAGAAUUCAGUCAGAUGGUUGAGCCUAUCUUCAUUAUCCUGAACUCAUUUCAAGGACUCUUCAUUUUUCUGCUCUACUGUGUUCGUAAACCAAUGGUUCGUAAGCAGUGGGGACUGACCUGUUUGGAAAGGGUCAAGAGACAAAAUGUUACCACAUCGACUAGCAUGCAGAGCUCUACAAAUACGUCCUCAUCAGCGGCAACUGAUGCUGUCCUUAUCAGCGUGAGAAAGAUACCGCAAGAGAAUAGCACCGAGACAUUCGUAUAAUGCUUUGAGUGGAAGUACUUACCCUGUAAGACAAUGCCCCCUACGUCUUCUCAAUUAGGUUGUGUGUAUUUGUAUCUCACAUGAUAGGUUGUGUAAUUAUAAUUGUUGUGUCAUUUGUAUUAUGGGAAAUGAGAUACAGUGAACAAAUAUUCUCACCAUGUUCAGAGGUACUUGCGUAUCAAGUUCCAUUAUGACGCAAUAUAGGUCGGGCUAUCAAUCACGCUGUACAAUUUUCUUUUAUUAUUUGCUAUUGGGAAGAAUUUUUUUUCUCCAUGAAUACAACCAAAGUUGUGAAUCUAACGUUCGGAAAAAAAGAUGACCGACAUGUAUAUAUUUCAUAAUUGAGCGAAUCAACAAUUUCAUUGACAAUGAAUGUAUAUAUAGCUAUACUCCCAACUCCCAACAUAUCAACAGGGAACAUAUGAUUUAUCCAAAAGUGUUCCAGAGUGAACUCUUUAGAGAGCAUUCCCCCGCAUAAAUGGAUAUUAAAAAACCAGAAGAAAGAAGCCAGAGGUCUCAGUCUUUAUUUUGUUAUUAUAACUCUAUCCCUAUAGACCCUAUUUCUUGUAUUUAGUGAUACCAUAGAUGGAACGUUUUAAUUCAACAAACUUACAUCCUUAACAUAACAAUCCCAAAAUAUUAUUUGUAAGGGAAAAAUAAUAGCUUGAUAGUGCGAAGUGUUACUGGUGAGGUAUAAAUGAUAUGUUUGAGCCCAAAAAUUAUCCCCAAAGAAAUGUACUUGCAUUAGGCCCACCUUAUUAAGCUGUACCAUUACGUGGGAAAGAAAAUGACUUUAAUAUUUCACCUUUUUGUCUUCACUGAACCUAUUAAUGGUAAAUUAUAUCGGUAAUUGUUAGUUUUCUUUGUAAUGGAUGUUUUUUCCUCUCCAACAUUUCAAAAUAUGAAGGAAAAACAAAAACAAAAAUUUGCACAGUAUAAUCAUGAAAUAUUGAAAAUGUGAUACCGGGUACGUGGAAAACAGAUGCAUUUACAUUAUAGAAUUGUCAUCGUUUAUUUUAAAGUUGAACUUACUUGGAAAUCAUUUUAAGAUGCAUAGUAUACAUACAGUUAAGCGUUGUUUAUUACAACAAUUACCCUCUCUGAGGGGGAACGUUCUGGCAUCCGUGGUAGACCGCUGGCUGAACCGUAGUGCGCCUUGGAGCCUCCGCGACUCGGCAUCCCCUUCCCCCUACGGCCCGUUACGGAUAUCAUGAUAGACCGUGGGAAAACUUGGCAAGACCUAACAAAACUUGAAUACAAUGAAAAAAUGGCCAAAAUCACGAGGCGCAUUACGUAUUGGGCAAACGGGGGUGCCGUGGCCGGCGGGAACAUAGUGUAAACGUAGCAUUAUGUCAUUUAGUGUUUAAAUAUAUGCUCAAUGUACCCAGGUUGCUUUCUCUCAUUUACCUUUGAUAUAUUUAAAUGUACAUAUAUGUAAAUAGUUUUCAAUGUAUUAAAUAUUUCAUUGUAAUGUUAUUGCAUUUCUACUUUAUGUUUUCUUGUCGCAUGUAUAUGUGUUUCCUAAAUCGUUUCCUGAAAUGCGUUAAUGGAAUAAAUUUGUGUACCUUGCAAAGAAUUUUCAACUUCAGCUGAUUCUGAAAGUGAUCAUGGUCCUAUAUAGAAGCAUACUACUCAUCAGAUGUACAUAACAAUUUUGCGUCAAUUACAUACUCACGAGGUAGCUUUGCUAAAACGUGUUUAUGUUUUCAUGUUAACUGUUGGAGCUAAUUAUGUCGUACCUUGGAUAAUUUAUUUUUUAGUUCUUUGUCAAUGCAACCUUCUGUUACUGGUUUAUCUGAAGCAUGGAUUAACGAUAAUGACUCUGUUAAUAAUAUAGAAUGAAAAAUCAUGGAGGUGUUGCGUGUUGGUAUUGUUAUUUAGACUGACAUCAGUCACAAACGUUGUCCCAAUUAAGAUUUGAACACACCUUUUAUUGAAAGUGUUUAUUAAAAUACAAAGUUGUAACUCUUCUAUAUUACAUGGUGUCAUUAAUAGACCUCCUAUUUAAAAAACAGGAUUUUUUCAUCUCUUACUGAUGUACUUGAGGUUGUAAAUAGAAAGAAAAUUAUUAUAUAUAAUGGCUGAUUUUAAUAUGUAUAUAUAUAUAUAUAUAUAUAUCUAUUGCAUGUUGGCAAGUUUCACAUUGUAACAGAAUUGUUAGAAAUGCUAAUGCUGUACUUGCAUGUUUCCUGCCAUAAAAUACCGCACCCGUGUUACUAUCGGGAUCGGGAAUGAUGUGCUCAUUUCAAAUGCAGAAAUGAGGAGUGUCAAAAGAGAUAGAAAUUAAGAAAAUAUCUGAAUUUUCCCCACUUGAUUCAAUCAAUAUAAUGGUCAUUUUAUAAUGAAAAUUUUGACCAUAACUAUUAUAACUUAAUUAUUAAGACAUCAAGGUAUAUGAUAUACCGGUAAGUUUUCCUGCUAAAGGUACUUCUUAUAAAUGUAAACGGAGAGAUAAACCAUGGUUUUCAAACAAAAUGCGUAAAGAAAAAAUGUAUAUACACUGUUGGUCAUAAAGAUGGAAUGUUUUUU